AUGGCUCCGCCAAAGGCGGCAGCCAAGCGCAAACCAGCCGACAAGCGCGGGCUGGACAAUGUCGAGGAGAGCCCUGGCAAGAAACAAAAGCCAGAUGUGGUGCCCACCGCCAAGGCGGCCUCGUCUCCAGCGAAGGCUUCUACGACAUCUCUCAAAGCUCCCACCAUCCCAUCUUUGGAGGGUUCUGCAGCCAUGGGUGCUCACUCGCUGAUGAAAGAAGUCGUUCCAUGGGCUACUGGACUACUACAAGCAGUUUUGCAGGAGUUGCCAAAGAGCCUUGGGAGUAGCCUUGGGUGUGACGCCAAACAUCCUUUGCGGGAGCUUGCGCCGUUGACCGUUCCAAGCAACCGCUCUGGUGGUGGCAAGCUGUCGAAUUUCAAAGAGACUUGGAACUCUGAGAACUGCCGGUAUGCUAUCAAGAACUCGGAGCAGUACGAAGCUGGUGGAUCACUGUACUGGCUGCAGCUCGGCUUCUGCUCGGAUGGCGUGCUUCUGCUGGAAGAGCCUUCGGUGGAGGAGGUACUGCUGGCAAUGGACGCUCUGAUGCCGGCAGAAGCAUCAAAGCUGUUUUUCCCAGAUGCCUUUGCUACCUAUGCUUCCGCGAGUGCAGUCACAGGAGACGGCUUUCCCUCAGGCCUGCAGCUGUUGCAUCGCCACGUACAAGUGUUUGCGUGGUAUACCGCCAUGGCCAAAGCUCUUCAGUCCACUGACAGCAGUAGGGUCGAGAAGCUCCACGAGAUGGCGUUGACGGCGACCAUUCGGGUCCAUGCAACUACAGAGGUGCUUCCCGUGAAUGUUCUUUCUCUGAGGCUGUCAGAGAAGGCGAAGGUCGAAGACAAAGGUGACAGCUUUGUCCUGUUUGCAAAGAAGGUGUCGCUGAUUCGCAGAGAGCACUCCUCGGCGCCCUUCGGUGAGUUUCUGCAGAAGUUGAUUGAUGAGGGCAUCCGCUUCAAUGGCAAGCUGGUCCACCGAACGUUGCUCCAGGCCGUUCAGUCUGUAGAUUCCUUGCUUACGCCUUCUGCGGAGAAAGUCUUGGGGCAAACACAGCGAGAGUUUGGCCGAUCAGUUUGGGCAGAGAGCUACACCAAGUUGGCCCGCGUUUCCCAAUCGUGUGUGAAGUAUUGCAGCCAGCCGAACAGCAAGCUUGUGGCCAGUGAACUCUUCAAGUUGACGCUCGAGACCUUCGUGAUGCAGUUGCGCCGUGGGCUUGUGCCAGCUUCUUUCUUCACGCAGGAGGCCUUGGAGCCAAGGGGGAUGCAGUCGGAUGGCUGCACUUCGAAAGACCAAAGGGCACACUUGACGGAUGUCUUGGGCAAAAUUGGCACGCCUACGCUCUAUGAGCACGAAAUUCCUCUGACAGAGACUACAGAGGCGGCUGCAGCGGAUGGUGAAGAGUUGACGCAACACGAAGAUGCUUUCGCAAAGUUGACCAGCGAUCUGCCCAAGCCCUACCGCGCAGUCGCUGAGCUUGUGCAGGGCCUUUGGGAGGGAGACUAUGAGAAGGAGAUCAAGGAGCUCUUCGCUUCUGACCCGGACGCGCAGAACAGCAUUUUGUCGGAGUCCCAGCAGACCAAGAGCAGCAAGCUGUCCAAAGGCUUCCGGGCUGCCGCAGCUGCUUUGUCGCAGGAACAUGUAUCCUGCAACACUGCCGCUCCACCCGUGAGCCUGCGAGAGCUGGUCCGGAGAAACUCCUAUGGAGACGAGGACCGUGAAGCCAGAGAAGUGGAACGCACCAACCUCUGGAAAGAGGGCCAGCUCAAUGAGACCCACCGCGCCUUCGUGUUUUCUUGCGAUUUGUGGUCAGAAGGCCCAGAGGCUUGGUCGAAGCAACAGGCCAUUGAUGCCCACGACAAGCUGGUUGAGGAGACUUGGAAGUUCUUGCACAGCCAGCAGCAGGAGAGUGAUUUUGUGUUGCUCUUUGACGGGUGCAUCCGUGGCAACCGCCCGGCGAUCGAGAGCAGCAAGUGGCAGUGUCCUGGCGGCGGGGGCCUGUUAGACUUUUGUGCCGCGCGCACGGCAAGCCAGAAGAAGCCCAACGUUCGAGGCAGAAAGGUGUUUGGGGGAGCCCAAGCAUUUGAAACAUGUUUCGUGCGCUUGGCGGUGCCUCGAGUGCGGCUCUCAGUGAAGGACAGGGAAGACGACUACCUUGUUGAGAAGGAAGACAACUUGGGGACCAACGACCUCACCCUCGUGGGCAUACCGCCCCUCAAGAGGGCCCCGCAGUUGCUGUUGAGCGAGAAGAAGAAGAUUUUUUCUGAUGCGGCCGCGCCGGACACUUACAAGUCCUCAUCGGUGCCGCUCUUCUGGGCAGAGUCCAAGGGAGAUGAGUUCUGGUCCACAGUGAUCAAGAUGCUUGACCUUGGUUGCGUUGUCGACUGCACUCCCGGCAGUGGCACGCUAGCGCGCGUGUGCUUGGAGCAGGAGGCACUGCCUCCGGUGGUGCUGUACAACUCAGACCUCAGCGAGAUGAUUGAGGAACACUACGCAGAUGUUUUGGCCGAGCUGAACCCGCCCGAUGUCGAAGGAGAGAACGAUGACGAAGGGGAUUGA